ACAUAAACUUGCUCAGUUUGUAAUAAAAAUUUCUCGCGACUGGUCGGCUGCUUUUUCGUACGGAUUAUUUACUCUUGGAAAUUUGUUUUCCAGACACUAUACAAUAUCGAAUAUAUCUGAGUCAACGAGGACGGAGAGGCGCGUGCGAUUAUUAAAUCAUUCAAAGUUAUUAUUGGAAAUAUUUUAAGCGGAAGCAGAAAGAUGUUCAAAGUAUCUCAAGAGAUUUGUUUGAGCACGAAUAGUGAGGCAAAACAAUCUGAUGAAAUUGUUUUUGGAAAGUAUCAGAAAACACCUGACAUGGAUAUAUAUCCUCAAAAUAGUAACAAUGUCUUCAUUGCACCAGAAUUAACUGAUGUAACUCGAGUUCAGUUGCUUCAUUUUCCAAAUGGAGCAAUGCGAAUAGGCAAUGAAGUAUGUUUUAUCAUCAAACGAAAUGGUGUCAAAGGAAACUUUGAAGUUAAGGUUGAGAAUCCCUCAGGAGUUUUAAUACCCAUUCCACUAAGAAUAGUUGAUCCAGAACGUCUAGAAGUUUCUUUCAACCUAAAUCAAUUGGGAUUGUAUCGAGUACAUAUAAGUUGCAAUUCAGUGACAUUGCCAAGAUCACCUUUCAUGAUUGUCGUUAUUUCUGGAGAACCUGAACAACAGAACAAACCCGAAGUACCUAUUUUCAAAUCCGAUGCAUCGAAAGUUACAUAUCGUGGCGUUAACAUAGGUAACAUCAAAGUCAAUCAACGUAACGAAUUUACCAUUGAUGGCUCAGAGGCUGGAAAUAAUAUUUUGUUUGUUGGAAUUUUUGGACCAAAAGGACAAUGCGAUGAGGUUGUUAUAAAACACAUGGGCAGGAAUGUCUACAGAGUUAUCUAUCAAGUUCAAGAUCCUGGCGAAUAUAUCCUAGCAGCAAAGUGGGGAGAUGAUCAUAUUCAAGGAUCACCUUUUAAUUUAAUAGCUCAGUGAUAGACUAAUUCUUAUUUGGAAAGAUAAUGUAUGUGUUUAUGAUUAAAAUAUUUUAGAAUUAUGUAUUAUUUAGGUUUCAAUAAAUAUAGUAAUUUUAUAAAAACAAAAA